UAGACCUCCCUUCACAUUUUCUCACAUUUGUUUGGGGAAAAAAUAUAGGCCGGGUUGAUGAUCAGUAUUCCGGACUAAAUUUUCUGCAUUAAAUAUAUUACUUUAUUAUAGCAAUCAUGGCAAAUAAUAAUCCCGAAACGCUUGCUCAGUUUUAUGGACUGUUUUUAUAUAAGAAGAAGGAUAUAAUAGCUAUUCAGGAGAAACUCGCUAUUGGCCCUGGCAAUGCAAAUGAAUUAGUAGUGCCUCCAGAUUCCGAGCUCAUGGGGAAAAUACUUGCCGAUUCUUACAAGCUGUUGUUAGAAUUGGUAGGGGAUUUAAUUCCGAUACAGGAGAAACUCAACAUUGAUGGUAAUCCUGUUCUAGAAGUGGAACUUAGAAGGGAUAAAGCCUCUUCGGAUAAACCAAUUAGAUUAUUUGAUUUGCUUUUAUACCUGGAAGAGGACAUAAUAGCAAUUCAGAAUGAACUCGGUAUUAUUGGUUAUUCUAAUCAAGAAAGGGCAGAAGAAAUUGAUGAGAAUGUAAGAGCACAACCCCAAAAGCUUGAGGAAUUUCACGGUCCCUUAGAAGAUGAUCCAGGUGUGAUAUUACCGAAAUAUGGUGAAAUGUGGGUAAAGAAAAUUAUGUUUACUGGAGAGGGGCUUCCAUUAUUUCCGAAGCUCUCUCCUCAGCAAUUGCACGAAAUAUUCGUCAAAAAUUCAGCUAACACCGAUCAGUGCCCAUGUCUAGAACAGGUAAGCUAA